AGCAACUUUUUUCCUGAAUUGUCGGAGCUGCACCUUGCUUGGGCAAUGUUGAGCUCCGCGCCAGCGGCGGCUUUCCUGGUGCCUGAGCCAUUGAGGCCGCAGCUUCGCAGUCCAAGGACGCAGACUGUCGCCGCGGCAGCUACAUCUGCACUGCCAACGCAGCAACUUCCAACAGCUUCGUUUUGGACGUCCUCGUUGUUGGCGUGUGCAGCGCUCUCAAGGUGUCUUAGAGGCAGACGAACUAGGACAGCCAGAGCAGCAUACGCUUCAGCACCCCAAACCUACGAGGGUGCACCAAUCGGGCCACCUCCCGACCUGCCAUCCCUAUUAUUAAAGGAACGUAUUGUGUAUCUCGGCACACCAAUCACCGCAGAGGUUACUGAGCUGAUCAUUGCGCAGCUCCUGUACUUGAAUUAUGAGUCUGCAGACAAACCGAUCACCCUCUACAUCAAUAGCACUGGAUCAACCAUCAAGAACAACACUAGGUAUAUUGGCGAGUCCAAAGUUGGCAUGGAAACCGACGCUUUUGCCAUUGCGGACUGCAUGGGGUACAUCAAGCCAGACAUCCAGACCAUAGCCAUCGGCCAGGCUUAUGGCACUGCAGCUGUGCUUUUGGGAUUGGGCAAAAAGGGGAAGCGUUUUGCGUUGCCAAAUGCAACUGUGAUGCUUUCAGAGCCGCGAGAACCCCCAGCGCGGGGCCCGCGCCAGGCAUCAGACAUCCGCAUCUUGGCACGAGAGGUGUUGCAGAAUCGCUCCACGAUGAGUGAGCUCCUCUCCAAAGCAACUGGAAAGACCAAGGAACAGGUGGUGGAGGACACAAAUCGAUGCUACUACAUGACGCCGGACGAAGCAGUGGAGUAUGGCCUCAUCGACAAGGUCUUGACCCCCGAGAAGAUGAAAGCAUUUGGUGAGAAGGAGGUGCCCUCCUUCGUGUCAGCAAUGGCUUCCUGACGCAGCGUAGGGACAUGAUGUAAAUGACUUGAAAUCAUC